GCCUGAUGCCCGCGCAGGAUGGCCCAAUCCUCCAACGAGGACGAGCGCCUGCUGCCCGCCAUGCUCAGACAGUUGUUCCAAAGCCUGAAGGAGAAAAUCACGGCGGCACCCUCCCUGGAGUGUGCCGAGGAGAUUCUCUUACAUCUGGAGAAAACUGACGAAAAUUUUCACAACUAUGAAUUUGUGAAAUACCUCAGGCAGCACAUAUGCAACACUUUGGGGUCCAUGAUUGAAGAAGAAAUGGAAAGUUGCAUAUCUGAUCACAAUCAGGGGGUGGAAUCUGGCUAUGACACAGUUGUCCAGUAUGUUACUAAAAGAACUCAAGAAUCUAAAGAAUACAAAGAAAUGAUGUAUUCCCUGAAGAACAUUAUGAUGGUAGUGGUGGAGUCUAUGAUUAAUAAAUUUGAAGAAGAUGAGAUACGGAGUCAAGAGAGGCAGAGAAAGGUCCAAAAGGAGAAGAACAAUAGUUAUUGUACAGAUAAUUGCUCUGAUAGUGAUUCGUCAUUUAAUCAGAGUUAUAAAUUUUGUCAAGGAAAAUUACAACUGAUUUUAGAUGAAUUGGAUCCUGGGCAGCCUAAAGAGGUGAGAUAUGAAGCCUUACAAGCAUUGUGCUCCGCUCCUCCAUCGGAUGUCCUGAACUGUGAAAACUGGACAACUCUCUGUGAAAAACUGACAGUGUCGCUUUCUGAUCCAGAUCCUGUAUUUAGUGACCGGAUUUUAAAAUUCUAUGCACAAACAUUUACACUUUCACCAUUUCAUAUGACCAAGGAAAUUUAUAUAAGUUUAGCAAAAUAUUUGGAGUUGCACUUUCUUUCCAGAGAACAUCAUGUUCUGAUUCUCUCAGCUGGUCUGGACAUAACAAAUCCCAAUGUGAAUCGCUUACUUAAAAAGGUUCGUCUUCUAAAUGAGUAUCAGAAGGAGGUUCCAUCUUUCUGGAUUCGUCACCCAGAUAAGUAUAUGGAAGAAAUUGUGGAGAGUACUUUGUCUCUGUUAUCAGUUAAGCAUGAUCAAAGCCAUCUCGUCUCACAAAAGAUUUUGGAUCCCAUCUACUUUUUUGCAUUAGUUGACACGAAGGCUGUGUGGUUCAAAAAGUGGAUGCACGCAUAUUAUAGCAGAACUACAGUACUAAGACUUCUUGAAAAGAAAUAUAAAUCCCUGGUAACUACAGCAGUUCAGCAGUGUGUCAAGUACUUGGAAUUGUGUGAGGCCAUGAAAACUGAUGUGACUCUGGGACAUUCAAAGUAUUGUGGGAACAAACAGAAAACUUUCUACUAUUCAGGACAAGAAUUACAGUAUAUAUAUUUCAUUCACUCACUAUGCCUUUUAGGAAGAUUGCUGAUAUAUACACAAGGCAGAAAAUUAUUUCCCAUAAAGCUAAAGAAUAGAAAAGAUUCACUAUCCCUCACAGAUCUGUUGGUUCUCUUUACCCAACUAAUUUAUUAUUCACCGAGUUGUUCAAAGAUGACAUCAACUGCACACUCAGAAAGGUAUUCCCCUGCAAGCAUGGUGACUGAAGUUCUACAGAUACUCUGUGACCAAAAAGAAUGUGCAGUUGAAUGCUUGUAUAACACCACGGUGAUAGACACACUUCUCCAGCCUAUCCACAACUUGAUGAAGGGAAUUGAGGUUGCUCCAAAUUGCUCUGAAGCAGCUUUAAUUCACAUUGCUGAUAUCUUGGCAAGAGUUGCUUCUGCAGAAGAAGGACUUAUUUUACUUCUUUAUGGAGAAAAUGUGCACUCUUCUAAAGAAGAAAGUUCUACAGGUGCCCAUAUAAUCGCCCAGUUUUCGAAGAAGCUUCUUGAUGAAGAUAUUUCCAUCUUUUCUGGUUCCGAAAUGUUACCUAUUGUUAAAGGAGCUUUUAUUUCCGUGUGUCGGCAAAUAUAUGGUACAUGUGAAGGUUUGCAGGUGUUACUUCCUUACAGUUUGCAUGAAUCUAUUGCAAAGGCAUGGAAGAAGACAAGUUUGCUAUCAGAGAGGAUUCCUACUCCUGUGGAAGGUUCUGAUUCUAUUUGUUCAGUAAGUCAGGAAUCUCAAAACAUUAUGGCUUGGGAAGACAAUUUGUUAGAUGAUUUACUCAAUUUUGCUGCCACUCCCAAAGGAUUGCUCCUUCUUCAAAGAACAGGUGCCAUCAAUGAAUGUGUGACAUUUAUGUUCAACCAAUAUACAAAAAAAUUACAGAUAAACAGGCAAAAGAAGUUUGGCUAUGGAGUGCUGGUUUCACAAGUAGCAUCAACAGCAGCAGGUGCAGCAGCUCUACAAAAUUCAGGGUUUAUUAAUGCACUUAUAGCUGAAUUAUGGUCCAAUCUUGAAUGUGGAAGAGAUGAUGUUAGAGUAAUCCAUCCCAGGUCUAUUCCAGUAGAUCCUAUUGACCGAAGCUGUCAAAAGUCCUUUCUAGCACUCGUGAACUUGCUGUCCUAUCCUGCUGUUUAUGAGCUUGUAGGCCAUCAAGAUCUUCCUAACAAAGCAGAAUAUUCCCUUCGUGAAGUUCCAACAUGUAUUAUUGAUAUAAUUGAUAGGCUUAUCAUUUUGAAUUCUGAAGCUAAGAUUCGUUCUUUAUUCAACUAUGAACAAUCACACAUCUUUGGUCUGAGGUUAUUAAGUGUGGUUUGCUGUGAUUUGGACACCCUUCUCCUAUUGGAGGCUCAAUACCAAAUAUCCCAAAUAUUGCUACAUGCUCAAGAAGAAAAUCUUUUAGAGACCUCAGAGAGCCACAGGGAAUUCAUAAUUGAUGGCUUAUCUGUAGAGAGAAAUCAUGUUCUUGUAAGAAUAAAUCUUAUUGGUGGGCCACAGGAACGGAUUUUGCCUCCAAGGAUGCUGGCAAAGGGAGAUGAUCCAUACCCUUGGCCAAUGUUUUCAUCAUAUCCUUUGCCAAGCUGCUAUCUGUCAGAAGUUGCUAGAAAUGCCGAUAUUAAAAAAGACAGUGAUCUUGGAAAGCUAUUGCUAUGCUUCAAAAUGUCAGAAAAACAAACUGAUUGGAUUGAAAACAGCCAAAGACAGUUUUGCAAAAUGAUGAAAGCCAAACCUGAUACAAUCAGUGGAAGUGCUUUAGCAGAAUUACUUGAAAAAUUUGUGCUUCAUCUCAGUGAAAACCCAUCUGUGUGUUGCUUUCCUUCAAUGGAAUAUACAGCCACGGAUGCAAAUGUGAAGAAUGAAAGUCUUUCAUCUGUACAGCAGCUUGGCAUUAAAAUGACUGUCAGGUAUGGUAAGUUUCUCAACUUGUUGAAAGAUGGUGCAGAAAAUGACCUUGCCUUGCUUUUAAAGCACUGUGAGAAAUUCCUGAAACAGCAGCAGUCUCCUGUGAAAUCUUCACUUCUCUGCCUUCAAGGAAAUUACCCUGGCCAUGACUGGUUUGCAUCUUCUCUGUUCAUGAUAAUGUUGGGGGAUAAAGAGAAAACAUUCCAGUUUCUUCAGCAGUUCUCCCGGCUUCUCACCUCUGCUUUCCUUUGGCUACCAAGACUACAUAUUUCUCGGUAUCUACCUGUUGACACCAUAGAAUCGGGCAUACAUCCAGUCUAUUUCUGCAGCACUCACUCUAUUGAAAUGCUCCUGAAGGCUGAGCUUCCGCUUGUGUUUUCUGCAUUUCAUAUGUCUGGCUUUGCCCCAUCACAGAUUUGCCUACAGUGGAUAUCACAGUGUUUUUGGAAUUAUUUAGAUUGGAUGGAAAUAUGCCAUUAUAUUGCUACUUGUAUUUUCCUUGGUCCUGAUUACCAAGUGUAUACCUGCAUUGCUAUAUUCAAACAUCUACAGCAAGACAUUCUACAGCACACUCAGACUCAAGAUCUGCAAGUUUUCCUUAAAGAAGAAGCACUGCCCGGGUUUCGAGUGAGCGAUUAUUUUGAAUACAUGGAAAUUUUGGAACAAAACUACAGACCAGUGCUUUGGAGAGACAUGCGCAACAUCAGGGUGCAGAACACAUAGAUCUCAGGCUCCCCAGCAUCUUGAGGUCGGACUCAUUUAAAGGCAAUGGGGACCUUGCUGUGUCCAUCCAUAUCUGUAAGCACACCUGCUUUGUGAAUACAUGCAUUUCACACCAAUCCUGAGAAGCUUUGAAUAUAAUUGUAUGUUCAAGUCAAUACUAGCUCAGCUGGUGACACAAAGUGAAUUUAGUUUUGUAAGUUUUGUUAUAUGACAUCUUAGAUCCAAGUAUAAGUUACAGUUCUUAUUUAUGUUUAAGAGUUAGUCACAGCAUAUAUCAUUUUCUUUACUAGAUCAUUAAAAGUAUUUUUUCAGAUGCAUUUGGGAAGAUUUAGUGUUUUAAAUAAUCAUCUGUCUAGUCACAAAGAUUUCAUGAGAUUAGGAAAACAUGUUUUUCCUCCGAUUUUUUACAUCUCUGCCUAUAAAAGAAAAACAACAAUGCCACAAUGGCUUAUUUUGCCUGUGGAAGAACCUAUGAUACUUUUCCCAGCAAGUUGGGAGGUCGUUGUUGUCCUCAGACAUAGUUGUGUUUCUAGGAGAAGGUUUGAUACCUGUGCCAGUUUAUGAUCUUCCAUUUGAAAUGUGGUCUUUAUAUGGUUUAUUUAAAAGAUGGUUCCUUUCAUACUCUGGAGCAUUCUGUGUUAUUUGUUGUGCAUUUUCUUAGUGAUAGAUCUGAUUUGUACUUAACUUGAAAACAUUAACAAGAAUAGAUUUCUAAAUUAUUUUUAAAUGUCUUAGUACCUUAUUUAAAUAGAUGUCGCUGUGCUGGUAAGAUUAAUAUAGUAAGGAUCCCCAUCCUUAUAUGAAGUUCUCACAUCUACUGUGUGAAAAAUAAUACCCAAAUACAUUAAAUUAUUAAUUUUUCAGAAUCCUUUAUAUUUAAUUUCACCACACUGGUCAUCUUGUAUUCUCUGCUCAUAUGAAAACACAAUUCAACCAGUAAAGGCAUUUAAAAAGCCACCCUAUGUUCUUUUUCCUUUUCCACCAAAACUGGGUCAUCUACAAAAUUACUUUUCCUUUUAGCAUGUGAAACAACUGGUCUGUAUAGUUUAAAUUUGUGACAUUUAGGCUUUUGAACACCAACCCUCCUAAAUCAGCAUUUAUACUGGAAAUGUCGCCAAUAGCUUUUCAGUAAUGGUUUUCCUAAAGGGCAUUAUAAAGUCCAGAAAAGUAAAUUGAGCAAGUUAAUUUGACAUAUGGCAUACUUUAGCCUCUGCUGGUUGAGUCAGGAGAGUCCUGGAUGACCCAGUCUCUUUAUUGGCUUCUCUGAUAUUUGAGCUUUCCCCACCACUAGAAUUGACCAUGUGUUUUACCAAGUAAUGCAAGCUUCAGCUUCCCAUCUUGCACUUUUCUCCUGCUUCUUUCUAUUUUUCUGCCUCAACACUACCUCCUUUGCAAUUUCUGGUUCUUUUCCUCCUUUUUAGAAUCUAAUCUAUUCUGCAUCACCAGAUUCUUUUCACUUGCAGAGUAAAAAUGGCAAUGCUUCUCAUAUGCCCUUAGAUUCUGCCUUUGCCUCCUAUGAAAUACUUGAGAAGGAUAAUCUAUGACUGAUAAAAUAUUGGUUUCCAAGUAACAAAAGAGAUUGAGAGAAGAGCACUGACUAUAUUGAAGUAGGGAAUAUUUUUCUGUUAUAAUUGUAGAGAUGGUUAUUAUAUUUUUAAACUCACUUGGAAAUGUAUGCUUCAGUGGGGGUAAAUUAUAAUGUAAGUUUUACCUUAAUAAAGCUAAUUUUUAUCAGAAAGGGCAAAUGCUAGAAAGAACAUUGGACCACUUUGUCAUAAUUAAAGAAUUUCAACACUA